UGUUUGUCUAUGGUGUAUUAAAAUGGCCGACUCCAGUGAUGUUCAAUCAGGAUUUUAUUUUCUUUGUUUACCAUAAAAAUAGAUUAUUCGUUUCAAUUUAUUGACGUUUAUGUGACAAAAUAAAAUGUUUAUAUGCAUAAAAACUUUGAACAUUGGUUUAUAUACGUACAAGUGUGUGAUUUGACAUAAAACUAGUGGAACCAGUCUCACCUUGUAAAGAGAAAAUGGGGAAUUGUUUCAGCAGCACUGGAGAGAAAGAUUCUAAAAGUAAGAACGAACGAGCAAACCCUCACGAGGAAGAUGCUCGACCAUUCCAGACGCCAGUGCCAACACCACCCCCUGAUCCAAUAAGAUCGACUGUGAAUCAAAGCACGGACACUAGCGAGGUGCCUCCCACCCGUAUAUUUGUCGCCUUGUAUGAUUACGAUGCUAGGACCGACGAAGACCUUAGUUUUAGAAAAGGCGAGCAUUUAGAAAUCCUAAAUGAUACUCAAGGAGAUUGGUGGCUAGCUAGGAGCAAGAAGACCAAACAAGAAGGCUACAUUCCGUCGAACUAUGUCGCUCGCCUGCAGUCCAUAGAAGCCGAACCAUGGUACUUCCGCAAAAUAAAACGAAUCGAAGCAGAGAAGAAGCUGCUUCUGCCAGAAAACGAACACGGCGCUUUCCUCAUACGAGACUCGGAGAGCCGCCACAACGACUUCUCGCUAUCAGUGCGAGAUGGCGACACCGUAAAGCAUUACCGCAUCAGACAACUGGACGAAGGCGGGUUCUUCAUCGCGCGGCGCACCACAUUCCGCACGCUGCAAGAGCUGGUGGAGCACUACAGCAAGGACGCCGACGGGCUCUGCGUCUCGCUCAGCAAGCCCUGCGUGCAGGUCGAAAAACCAGUCACCGAGGGUCUGUCGCACCGAACUCGCGACCAAUGGGAGAUCGACCGUUCCUCGCUGAAGUUCGUGAGGAAACUGGGCCAUGGUCAGUUCGGAGAGGUGUGGGAGGGGUCGUGGAACAACACCACGCCUGUGGCCAUCAAGACCCUCAAGUCUGGGACCAUGGACCCGAAGGACUUCCUCGCUGAAGCGCAGAUCAUGAAGAAACUCCGACACAACAAGCUGAUUCAGCUGUACGCUGUCUGCACCUUGGAGGAGCCAAUCUACAUCAUCACUGAACUCAUGAAGAACGGAUCUUUGCUGGACUACCUGCAAGGUAAUUUUUGUGCUGCGCAGUAUUUUUUCCAAUUCGUCACAGUCAGUAACAAUUGA